CAUGGCGCACGGGCGCGAGCGGCGCAUGCGUGGCCGCGGCUCCCAGCGCCCCCCGCGCAGUCCGGGAACAGAGCGGACGAGCCGCCAGUGAGGAACCCGUAGCCUCUAUCCUGCGAAGCGUCGUUUGGUCCCCGCAGCUCCUUUCCCUGAAGGGACAGGGCCGCUUGGCGGCUUUCCUCAGCGUGCGGAAGUUUCCUGAGGACGGCCCAGGUCACCUUGAGCCAGAAAAGCCAAGCGCUGGCCUCGGAUAACGCCGGCCCCUACCACCCGCCCGCAGCGGCCUGGGCGCGCCGCCGUGCCCCGAGUCUCGAACCGGAGCCGGGAGGGGCUUGCACACCCGGCCCCACCCACUCGGGGCCUCGCCUCCUCGGGCUCGCCUCCCCGGGCCCCUGACACACCCCCUCCCGGCCCCGCUGACGGCCCCCGCCCUCCUGUCCUCGGUCCCCUAGAUUUUCUGGUCCUCUAGCCUCGCUGUUGCAGACAUUGCACUAAAAGAUGAAUCCUGAAAAACCACAUCGCGGGGACAUAUACUGUGGCGAGAAGAGGCCAAGUUUUUGGACCUUAGAUUACAAGUUCACCUUUUCAAGGGCCUGGAAUAGAUUUGAGUAAUCAGCCUAGGGUACCCUGUUCCUGCUGACACUGCCGUUUUCACCUCCCUUCCUUCCCAUACUUCCAAACCAUUAGCAGGCGGCUCUCAGAGGUUUGACUUCCUUGAGUCUCCUUCGAAUCAGAAGUAAGGUUGACCUCCGGGUUAGAGCAUGGCUGCAUCCCUGGACCCUCAGACCGACGCGCCCCUGGAGGUUGAAGGAUGCCUCAUAAUGAAGGUGGAAAAGGAGCCCGAGUGGAUAUCGGAGCCCAUUCUGGAAGGAUCGGAUAGCUCUGAGUCCGAGACCUUUCGCAGAUGCUUCAGGCAAUUCUGUUAUGAGGAUGUGACUGGACCCCAUGAAGCUUUCAGUAAACUCUGGGAACUUUGCUGCCGGUGGCUGAAGCCAGAAAUGCGUUCCAAGGAACAGAUCCUGGAGCUGCUGGUGAUUGAGCAGUUUCUCACCAUUUUACCGGAGAAGAUUCAGCUGUGGGCACAGAAACAGUGUCCGGAAAGUGGAGAGGAGGCGGUGGCCCUGGUUAUACAUUUGGAGAAAGAGACUGGAGGACUAAGACAGCAGGUUAGCAGUCCUGUGCACUCGGAGAAGCAAGCCCCCCUUGGAGCAGCCUGGGAGGUGGCAGACUUUCAGCCAGAGCCAGUGGAGGCCCAGCCCAGGGUGACGUCUCAGGAGGGAGCUGAAAGCCUCCACUCAGGACGCCAGGAGCAGCCGAACCAGAGAGAGCUUCGACCCUUACCUCAAAAUCCUCGGCCUUCUCCCUGGGUUCCUUCUCCUGCUAAUGAAUGGAACACCAUAGAUCAGGAGGUAACAGCCACACGAGUUCCUGUCAGGUCCCAGGGACCAGUGAAAGAUGUCCACACGGCAAGAGGUUUUUCCUACAAAAAGAGUGUGCAUCAGAUUCCUGCUCACAAAGACCUCUACCGGGAUAUUAGAAAGGAGAGUGUUGGGAACAUGGUCUCCCUGGGAAGCACAGUGUCUGCAGCUAACAAGAUAGCCCGACUGGAGCCGAGAAAGGAGCCAUGGACCAUAGGUCUGCAGUCCUCUAAUAAGAGGACUGUCCUGCGAAGCAACUACAUCAAGGAAAAGUCAGUUCAGGCUAUUCAGAUCCCUGCAAGGAAUGCAGGGAAAACAUGGAGAGAGCAGCAGCAGUGGGGUCUGGAAGAUGAAAAAAUAGCAGGUGUGCAUUGGAGUUACGAGGAAACUAAGACUUUUCUUGCAAUUCUCAAAGAGUCUCGCUUUUAUGAAACACUUCAGGCUUGUCCCCGAAACAGCCAGGUGUAUGGUGCUGUGGCUGAAUGGUUGCGAGAAUGUGGCUUCCUCCGAACACCAGAACAGUGUCGGACCAAGUUCAAAAGUCUGCAGAAGAGUUACCGAAAAGUGAGAAAUGGCCACGUGCUAGAACCCUGUGCUUUCUUUGAGGACAUGGACGCUUUGUUGAAUCCUUCAGCUCAUGCUUCAUCCACGGAUAAGCCAAGGGAGAUUCUGUCUGUCCCCAGACUGAAGAGAAUUGGCAUCAGUGCUAAAGAACAGAUCAAUUUGGUGGAGGAGGAAGAAGCUGCAGAGGAGUCUGAUGGUGAUGAAAUGGGCGUUGAGUUUAUCCGGAAGCCUGAGCUUCAUGGUGCCCCUGUCAUAUUUCAAAACCUGAGUGGUGUGCACUGGGGCUACGAGGAAACCAAGACUUUCCUUGACAUCCUCCAUGAGACUCGGUUUUACGAAGCACUGCAAGCCUGUCAUCGGAAGAGCAAGUUGUAUGGGGCCGUGGCUGAGCAGCUGCGUGAGUGUGGCUUCCUCCGAACUCCGGAACAGUGCCGGACCAAGUUCAAAAGCCUUCAGAAGAGUUACCGCAAAGUGAAAAAUGGUCAUGUGCUAGAGUCCUGCGCAUUCUACAAGGAGAUGGAUGCUCUGAUUAACUCGCGGGCAUCUACUGCUCCCACCAGCUCCCCAGAAGAAGCCCCAUCACCCUCAGUUCAAGAAAGAGAGGACAUGGAAAUUGAACCCCAGGAACCUACGGUCUGGGAACCUGAGGAGGACUCCCAGGAGGCUCUUGUUGAAGACUCUGGCAGUGAGAGAAUGAGUGAGGAAGAAAUCAUGCAAGAACCAGAAUUCCAGGGACCUCCAGGUUUACUGCAAAGCCCAAGUGAUUUUGAAAUUGAAAGUAGUAUCAAGGAAGAUGCAACACGGGUGAUCUGUAAGGACAUGGAGCAGCAUAGGGCAUUCAUAGAAAAGUCUAAAAGGGUCAUUUCCCAGAAUGUUGAUCCAGGUAAAUAUCAUAAAAGGGAUUGCAUCUCAGGAAGACAGUGGGAAAACCUUCAUGGAAUCCGACAGGGAAAACUGAUGCCUCAGCCUCGAGAUUUGGGGAAAGCCAUAGUGCAUCAGAGGCCUCUCGUGGGGAAGAGGCCCUUCCGGCUCCUCAGAUAUGGAGAAAGCUUUGGAAGGAGUGCGCGUCUCAUGUGCCGCAUGACCCACCAGAAGGAAAACCCUUCUAAGUGUAGUGUCUGUGGGAAGUGCUUCGGUAGAAGCAGGAGUCUAGUCCGACACCAAAGAAUCCACACGGGAGAAAAACCUUUCAAAUGUCUCGACUGCGGGAAAAGCUUUAAUGACUCCUCCAACUUUGGUGCCCACCAGAGAAUUCACACAGGAGAGAAACCCUACAGAUGUGGAGAGUGUGGGAAAUGCUUCAGCCAGAGCUCAAGUCUCAUUAUACACCAGAGAACCCACACUGGAGAGAAGCCCUACCAGUGCGGAGAGUGUGGGAGGAGCUUCACAAACAGCUCGCACUUCAGCGCCCACCAGAGAGUCCACACCGGCGAGAAUCCCUACAAGUGUGUGGACUGUGAGAAAAGUUUCAAUAACUGUACGCGAUUUCGCGAGCAUCGGCGAGUACACACCGGGGAGAAGCCCUACGGGUGCAUCCAGUGUGGCAGACGUUUCAGCAAGAGUUCUGUGCUUGCCAAACAUCGGGAGGCUCAUGUGAGAGAAAAGCUGCUGCCACCCCCACCAGCAUUCUGCUCCCCGGAGAACUCCCUCAAGGGCAAGACUGAUGAAUUCAUGCAGACUUUAUGAUGAUGAGCUCUUCUCUUCCUAAACGUCCCCUUAGUCAUUUUACCUUGAUCUCACUCUCGGAAGCAAUCUUUUCUUAGCUAGAAAGAGUCAUUGCCAAGAUAAGCUUGAGAGCAUAAAUAAGCUAAAGGCUUGGAUCCUGUUCUCACCUCUGCCUCUUACUUGAUUAGUCUGUUCCUCUCCUUCUAUGUGUCUCAACCUUUUCCCUUUAAUAAAGUGAAGAAGAUACAGGGUCUGAGUGCAGAGGGAAAUUCUCUUCAGUAUGUCGAGGCCACUGCCGUGGGAUCGCUAAACCCAGCAAUAUCCAGAAUCCUUCAGCGCAGGGGAGACUUGUUGCCAAGGAGAUAAAAAAUGUUCAAAGUCGUUUUCAUUAUCCACCACAUGUGAUCCCGGAUGCAACUCAAUCACAGUUUCCUGUUUGGGUAGAAAUUUCAGGAGCCUGAUAAGAACCACAUCGGAUCUGUCUUGGUUUUGAAGGUAUGCACAAAAGGAGAUUGAAGAUUUUUUCGUUCCCUUCAGGAGUCUGUUUCAGUGUACCUUUUUUGUGUCAAGAAGUUGAUCUAAAGAGCUCGGGUAGUGUUUCUGUAUUGUCACUGAAACAAUGCCCUGCCCUCCAUAGAGACAGGAUGCAACUGAUCACCCAUUGUCCUUUGUAGACUGACGCUCUCUGUACCUGAAGACUGACAUGCCCUUGGCUGUUGCCUCUCCAGCCUAGGCAUAAUCCAGUUCCCUUUACUGUUUCUUGUAAGUCCUACACUUACCUCUUCGUUGUUCUGGGUGCCCUUGUCUGACUCUUCUGAACUACCAUGCCUUCCUCAGACUGAGUAGCUUGCAUGCUCCUGGUGUGUCUCAUUAAAGUAGAAUUCAGACACUUUCCAGUUCUGAAUGUGUAACUGAUCUGGUUUUUAUCUAGAAUAUGACUGAUAGGUGGCGAAUUUUCUGCCUCCCAACCCCACACUUAUAUAUAAUGUUAUAUAAUUUUAGAUAGUUUCCUAAAACUCUGAGGAGCCAGGGAAGAAGUGAGUUAGAGACCUAAAACAUUCAAUAUUUCAAAGACCAGUUGGGCUCCUUAGCCCUGCUUUAGAUCAGGUAGUCACCUUGGUCCAGACCAGCACUCCAGGGCAGUUUGUUAAGUAUACCGUUGUCUUUUUUUGAGGCUAGCCCUUGUUCAUGUGGUCAUAAACCUCUCUGUAGAGCUGAGUAAUUUAUACAACUCUACAGCUCACUGAUUGAAGGUGGAAAUACUUUCUGAUACUUCCAGCCCAGAACACUUAAUGUUUUCCACACUUAACUGUUGGUCUGAAAAGUCUCUUUGACAACCCCCAGCACUGACCCAAUAACUACUGAAGGAAGAGUUCAAAUGGGGAGAUAGUUCACUUACAGAUGUUGCAGAUAAACACCUGGGAUUUGGUCAUCCAAAGCUGUUACUUCAGGAUGCGACCAGUGGCAUUUAUACCAUUAAGAUGACGGUGACCUCAGGGGACUUUGCUUUGGGAAAGGAGAAGUCACAAGUUUAGUGGAAAAAUAACCAGAGUCAAGGCUGUGUGUAGAUCAUUUUUUCACUUUUCUCCUUUUCUUUGUCAGAUGCUGUCUUAUUAGAAGACAUCUGAGUAUGUUUGAAUUUUCUGAAACUUAAACAAGGAGGAUAUAGGCAGGAAGGAAGGAAACCCAACCUAUGGUGUCAGAAUAGGCUGUGACCUGUUGGAAGGCAGGUGACUCAGGUAAACGUUGAUAAAUGUUUCUUUCUGACAUUUGUUAGGAGCAUUACGAUUGUUCACAUCUCACUAGGUUGAUUUCUGCUGUGUUGUCCAAAUUAUAAAUUCCUAAUAGUUUAGUGCAGUUUCAUGUCACUAGUGUGCCCAGCACAGAGAAGUGUGUGUGGUGCCAGUGGGUGUGUGCUUGUAUUGUGUAGAUGUUCUGGAAUUCCUGCUCUAGAGAAGAUGCACAUUAAUAGAAAUCACCACUUAGUAAUAGGUACCCAGGGUUGAUCAUUAUAUCAAAGCAUGAUUCAGGAAAGUAGAUGAUUUACUAUAAAUAUUAAUUAAGCACGGUUUUGUGUAAGGCUAUGUUCUAGGCACAGUGAGGAAUAUAAAAAUGAAAAAAGGCUUGGUGUCUGUGCUCAAGAAACUUGCAACAUGGUGAACGAACUAUUGCAGCAAAAGAUAAUGCCAAUUACAUUCAUGUCAGUUAUGGAACAUUAUUUGUUCAUUAAUGAAAGAGCCACCUUCUCUUGCAGAAGAGUUUUUCUCAAUGCCUAAAAUUGUAUUUUCUACCUCCGUCUCUUAAAUUUCCCCAAUGGCCAGAAAGGCUCAGGAACCAUUCCUUCUCCAAGUGGAACAAUCCAAUUCUGUCUGUCAUGUCUGGGAUCAUGCCGAGGUGGAAUUUGGGUCCCCUUACCUAUUCUCAGUUGUAAGUGGGCAUUUGGACUUGUAUUAAAUUAACUUAAUGAACUUUGCUUCUAUAGAAGGAGACAGUCCUACCCACCAUCUUAGACCAAGGCUGUUGGUAUUUUAUCUUUUAUCAGGUGGAACAUGAAAGUCAAAAGUGAAGUCACACACUGAUUACUAUGUCUCAUAUCACAUAACAUUGCCUUCAUGACAAUCCGUAGAAGUUUUUUUUCCUAAGUUUCAGUAGCAGGGAAAGCUCUGAUCCUAAAGCAAAAAAAAGUUACCUUACAAACACUGUGACUUUUUUUUUUAGCAACUUACUACUAUUCUUUCUUUGUUCUGGCUGCUGGAACAAAGAAACUUACAAAAACAGAACUUUUAAGUCACCUCAGCCAACCACUUAAACCUGUAUUUACUUAAUCCUGUCUUAUAUCUUUAAAAAUUACCCCAUAUCCUAUUUUUUUAAAGUGUACAUAAGUAGUCAUUUUAUUCUCUGACUUCUUCACCAAGACCCUUUGGAGCCUGGCUGUAUCCCUGCCUGCGCUUACUGUGUUACUCCCUCAAAUACCCUAAUUCUUACUGGCAUUUUUAUUACACAUACAACCUACUUUAUUCAUCUGGAAGGAAACUUUUUUUUUUAAGAGGAAAACUUCACAGUAUGCUUAAAACAGCUCAGGGCAGCCUGCCACAUAGAAUGAGCAUUAGACCAGAAGCUGUAGACAGGUUUUAUUCUUGUCACUACCACUUUCUGAGUGUUGUUGGACAAACCAGUCUCUCCUGGGCCUGAGUUCCUUAUCUGAAGAGAAGUUGAGCAUGAUUGCCAAGACCACUCCAGCCCCAAGGUCCUGUGAGGCUGUGGGGCAUCGGAAGAGAGAAGUUAUAAGACCAGGCCGCCACCCUGGCUUGCCACUGCAGGCAGCAUUCAGGCCAUACUGAAUCCAUCCCAUGAGUCCAUCCCAUCCUUCAGCAAGAGGUUGCUGUGAGCAGUCCAGGAGCAUGCUCAGUGAGGAGAAGGACAAAUCACUCAUGUUCAACAGCAGGCGAUAGACAGUGGCAGGUAGCUGCAGUGAAGAAAGCUGAUUUGGGGACCUCUGGUGCCCCAUGACAGAUGAACCUCAACUCUGAGGGAGCCAGGGACACCCCAAAUGCAAUGCUAAGCCCUUACCUCUGAAUGCAUUCCUAGUAUAAAUGUAUGUCCACUCAUUGUUUUGUGUGAAUGUUCACUUAGAUGUCUUCUUGAAAACUUGUAUGUGAAAUAAAUGUUUAAAUAAAUGACUC